UAGGUUGAGCAGAGUUUUGAAUAUGAAUCAACGUGUGGUUAUCCUGCUGCUCUGCGCGUUCCUCUGUGCCAGUGAGGCGUUUCACAGAAUUGCGAUGCAGCGACACAGGCACCGCAAGCUGCCACAUGGCCGACACCUGUGGGCCAGUCGGAAGCACAUGCGCCGCAAGUUCGGAAUGCCAGCAGUAACGACUCAGAGCACCGCCAACACGAGCACCACCAGUGCACCCUCAGAGGCCAUCGAACCGCUCUUUAAUGCGUUUCAAACCCAGUUCUACGGACCUCUGUUUGUGUCCGAUCAGGCGUUCACCGUGCAGUUCGACACGGGUUCGUCGGAUCUAUGGAUUCCCAACUCCAACUGCAGCACCUGCAUCAAGGAGUGCGGCAACGCCGUGUUCCAGAUGGCCAAAUCGAAGUCCUUCAAGGCCAACGGCACCUCCUUCAGCAUCACCUACGGAGUCGGAAAGGUGAGCGGCGUGACAGCCUCGGAAACGGUGUCCAUUGGGCAGAUCUCAAUCAAGGACCAGGGCUUCGGGCUGGUCAGCCAAACGGACACGUGCAGCAGCUUCGAUGGGGUCCUGGGCAUGGCGUAUCCCGGGGCUUCCGUGACAGGUGCCAGGCCUCCAUUCUAUCAGAUGAUCGAUCAGAAACUAGUCGAUAGCUCGAUAUUCUCGUUCCACCUGAAGAGCGGCGACGGGGGAUCGCUGAUCUUAGGCGGCUCCAACUCGAGCCUGUACCACGGCUCGUUGACCCACGUGAACGUAACCCAACAGAAAAUGUGGCAGUUCACGAUGGACUACAUUGGUUUCCCCUCGAAGAAGUGUCGUCGCUGCAACAGUUGCAAGGCCAUCAUGGACUCGGGCACCUCUCUGAUAGUGGGACCCACCGAGGACAUCACGCAGCUGAACACCAAAAUCAGGGCCACCUACAAUGCCACCAACGGCAUCUGGCAGGUGCCCUGUGGGCGAAUCAGCUAUCUGCCGGUCCUGGAGCUCGGCAUCGCCGGCAAGAAGUUCCAGGUGCGGCCACAGGAGUAUGUGAUCGCCUACGAGGGGGAUGUCUGCAUCACGGGCUUCAUGGACUUGGCGGGGCUCAAUUUCUGGAUCAUCGGAGAUGUCUUCUUCAGGGAACACUAUGUGUCGUUCGAUGUGGAGCUGAAUAGGAUUGGCAUUGCCAAGGCCAAGUAGAAAAGAA